UCAAUCCUGAUACUGUAGAUAGCUACAAGCUGCCUGACCUGACAAUGAGAGCGCCAAUCCCUGUCCAGGGGAGGAAGAUAAACGAUAUAAGUUUGGGGGUUCACUUUGGGGCAGUGGGCAAAGACAAGAAUUUGUCAACCCCCCACACUUUGCUUUCUUGUCAAAGCACUAAGACAUUUUUGUUACCUCAUAUCUUUGAUAUCCUACACAGUGAUUCAGAAUGGCGCCGGCUUACAAUGAAAAUGUGAUGGAAGUGGAGGCCGCGUCCCACGCGACUAAGGAUUCUACCAUUCUCAGUAGUGUUCUCCACGGGAUACGAGAUGUGAGAUUGGUAAGAGAAUUUCAUCCCACCUUCCUUCUCAGCACAUAUAUCAGAAGAGUCCUAACUGACUUUGAAUUCUAGGAAGUUCGCAAUAUCGCCGAACCUCUUGUCGGAGAACUCCAAGUUCAGAUCAAAUCGACCGGUAUAUGCGGCUCAGAUGUGAGCUACUACAAGAAAUUUGCCAAUGGCGAUUUAUGUGCCUGUGCACCUCUAUCUCUUGGUCAUGAAGCUUCAGGUGUGGUUGUAGGAAUCGGGCCACAAGUUAAUGGCUUUUCCAUUGGCGACAGAGUUGCCCUUGAGGUGGGGAUAUCAUGUGGUCAAUGUGAUAUCUGCAGGAAAGGGAGAUACAAUUUGUGUAAGAAGAUGAGGUUUAGGAGUAGUGCGAAGAGUGUGCCCCAUUUUCAGGGGACGCUGCAAGAGAGGAUCAAUCAUCCAGCUGUUUGGUGUCAUAAGUAUGUUCUUUUAGUCUGUGCCUAUGACAAACAGCUUUACUGAUACUUUGCUAGACUUCCUGAUCAUAUCUCCUUCGAUGCUGCUGCACUUCUCGAACCACUUUCGGUGGCCAUACAUUCCUUGAAUCGAGCUGCUCCUACACCUGGAUCUACGGCUGUCGUAAUCGGAGUAAGUUCCUCUACCGGCUGAUACUUCCGCAACGUCAUAUCGAUAAAUUUUUCAAUUUCUCCUCUGCUAUGUGCUCCACUUUACUAACAUCUCAUCUAGGCUGGAACAGUAGGUCUACUCGUCGCAGCCAUGGCUCGUCAAUCCGGCUGCCCCAUUGUGACCAUAACCGACAUAUCCGCCAACCGCGUUCAAUACGCCCUAGAGCACGGAUUCGCCACACACGGCUACGUGAUUCCACCUUCCGGCACCAAUUCCACCGCUCCAUCUACAAACUCCUCAUCUGGAACCUCCACACCAUCUAUCUCCGGCACUACAACACCUCUCGCUUCAUACACCACCAUCUCCGAUCAUCUCAAUUUUGCAAAAGCCAGCGCAUGUGAUAUUCUCGCCAUCGCAUCCAGAGAUGACAUUCUCGGAGAAGCCGACCACGAAGGCGCAGAUAUAACUUUCGAAUGCACCGGCAAGGAAAUCUGCAUGCAAACCGCCAUCUACAGCACCAAACCGGGCGGCAAAGUAAUAAUGGUAGGUAUGGGAACACCCAUCCAAACACUUCCUCUCUCGGCGGCGCAUCUCCGCGAAGUAGAUAUUCUAGGGGUAUUCAGAUAUGCAAAUACGUAUCCGGUUGGCAUUAGAAUGCUGGGUGCUAGUGGGCGGAAAGGAGGAUUGCCGAGCUUGGAUCAUAUGGUUACGCAUCGGUUUAGCGGGUUGGGAAAUGCGAAGGAUGCGUUUGAGUUGGCGGGGAAGACGAUGGAUGAGCAGGGAAAUCUGGUUUUGAAGGUGGUGAUUGAGGUUUAAAGAUAGAUGGAGGAGUUUGAGAGGAGUUUGAGAGGAAUUUGAGAGGAGUUGGAGAGGAGUUUGAAGAAGAUUGGGUAUGAGUGUGGGAGUAAUGGGUUCCUUACGUAUACGAUUUCGUUAUUCAUUUUUCAUAUAUAAGCCGAAGAUAGGGUUUGGAAUGUUGCCCGUGGAUCGAUUCGGUGUUUGUUGUAGACGAACCGGAGAUGGAAUGGAAGUAGAGCUGUGCUUCCAUUUUGAGGUAGACUUAGUGUGCUAGGUGGUGUUUGGAGAUGAUUAAUUAGUUAUUCCCAUUUAAUAAAUCUAUUCUAGU